GGUUGUAACAAGAAAAAGAAUUUGUAAUAGUAGUAAGUAAAAGAGUAGUGAAUUAGUGUUACAAAAUGGCUUCCUCCGUUAUCUCAUCCACCGCAGUUGCCGCCGUCCGUGCCCCGGCUCAAGCCAGCAUGGUGGCUCCUUUCAACGGCUUGAAGUCAACCGUUGCCUUCCCCGUCACCAAGAAGAAUGAUGACAUUACCUCCCUUGCUAGCAACGGUGGAAGAGUCCAAUGCAUGCAGGUAUGGCCACCAGUUGGCAAGAAGAAGUUCGAGACCUUGUCUUACCUUCCACCACUCACCACUGAGUCUUUGCUUAGUGAAGUUCAAUACCUUCUUAACAAGGGUUGGGUUCCUUGCUUAGAAUUCGAGCUUGAGCACGGAUUUGUGUACCGUGAGAACCACAGGUCACCAGGAUACUAUGAUGGGCGAUAUUGGACCAUGUGGAAGUUGCCUAUGUUCGGUUGCACUGACCCGACCCAGGUUGUUAACGAGCUCGAGGAAGCCAAGAAGGCUUACCCCAACGCCUUCAUCAGAAUCAUUGGAUUCGACAGCUACCGUCAAGUGCAAUGCAUCAGUUUCAUUGCCUACAAGCCUGCAGGCUACUAAAUUUAAAAUCAAGAAUGUUUUGUGCAUUAUAUUGAUGAUCAAGUGUAGUUAGAACUCGAUGUUUUAUUUCUUGUUGAAAACACUUAUUGUUUUUUUUUUUUCCCCUUCUUAAGUUCGUUGAUGUCUUUUCGGAUGUUUGAAUGAAAUGGGAAUGUUGAGCAUUGUACUCUAUAAUAAUAGCUUUGUCCCUAACAAUUAUAUAUUUACAACUUCUUCCAAUU